GCGCGGUGCUGAAGGCCGGAGAGCGGACGCGCCAUGACCUCGGCGCGGGAGGCACCCGGUUCCUCCCCCGGUUGCCGCCGGAGCGCCCUGGACCAGCUCCCGCCGCCCGCCAGCUCCAACAAGCCGCUGACCCCCUUCGGCAUCGAGGACAUCCUGGGGAGACCCCGCGGUGGGAGCCCCCCCGGUACCGGCACCGGCUCCGGUACCGGCACCGGCCCCGGGACCGCCGCUACCCCCGCCCGGCUCCCGGAGAAGGCUGCGGGGCCCCGCGGCGGCGGCAUCGCCCCGUCCUCGCCGCUCUGCGCGCUGGAGGAGCUCGCCAGCAAAACCUUCCAGGGGCUGGAGCUGGGCCUGCUGCAGGCGGCGGAAGGUCGGGAGCCUUUGGCCGUCCCUGGAUCUCGCCCUCCGUGCAAGAAGCGCCGCAAGUCACGGACGGCGUUCACGGCGCAGCAGCUGCGGGAGCUGGAGCAGCGCUUCCUGCGCCAGAAGUACCUGUCCCCGGUGGAGCGGGACCGGCUGGCGGCGCGGCUGGCGCUCAGCACGGCGCAGGUCAUCACCUGGUUCCAGAACCGCCGCGCCAAGCUCAAGCGGGACCUGGACGAGCUGCGGGCGGACGUGGCCUCGCUGCAGGCGCUGCCCCCCGCCGCCCUCCGCCACCUCGCAGCCAUCCCGGACCCGCCGCUGCCCCCCGCAACGGCACCGGGCGCCGGCCCCGCGGAGCUCUCGGAGGAGGAGAUCGAUGUGGGGGACUGA